UCAAACAAAACAAAAAUGGCGGAAGAUGACGAAAUUGAUAUUUUAGGCGAUUUUAAUUUAGAUAAUUUUUUAACAAAAGGUGAUUCCGGCAUUUAUGAAAACUCUUCGCUUGUGUCUCAGAACUCGGAUCUCCUAAACUGUGAUUACACAAUACACCCGCAAUGGCUUUUAGAUAAACCUAGCGCUAAUCCUGACUGCUGGUAUGAUAACAGUUCAGUUUUGUCCCCCGGACUGUCAGAAAAACCAAAUGAGUUUGGGAGCGGUGAUGAUACUUUGGGACAUGUUUCAACUGAAAAUUCUAUUUCUGACGAAAGUGGGUGGACGGAAAAAGAGAAGAAUUUGCUAGAAAGAGGGAUUGAGAUAUUUGGGAAGAGCAAUGUGAGGUUAUCGCAAUUUAUUGGCUCUAGGACGCCAGCUGAAGUGAAAUACUACCUUAAGAAUUUUUAUAUGGAAGCACAAACGUCAUAUAAUGGUUUUAACACUAGAGUAGAAGAUAUGAAUAUUGUUAGUAAUUUAGUUUCAGAUAUUUUAGAUGAUACUCAGAUUCCUGCAAGUAUUGAGGAAGUUAUUGCAGCUGUAAGCACUGCAAAACCCACAAUACCUAUAAAGCAACCGCACAAAAAGAAAUAUUCUUUUAAUAGUAAUGAAGAUGAAGAUUUAUCACAAGUGUCUAGUCCUACUUUAAAAACUAACGUAAAGCAAAGCACUGACAGUGCAACUAAAUUGGACCAAAAGAAGAAAAUUAAGAAUAAAUUAAAACGUCCAGUGAAAUUUAAAAUUAGAACAAAACUGAAAUUUCCAAUGAAUCACGUUAAACAGAAAACUGUUAAAAUUAUGAAUCAGGAAAAUAAGAAAACUGAGAUUGGAAGGGUUGAGAUUACUACUGGGAGAGGGUUGGCAGUACCGAUAUGUGAAGGGGAGGAAAUAGUAAAAAUAAGCAAAGAUGAUUCAGGUUCUGAUGUGGAGAUUGAUAUUGAAGAUUCUGAUGAAGUAAAGCCGGAAAUUAAAGUAAAUAAUUCUCUAAGAAAUGAAACUGUGUUACACAACACUGAAAUUAAGGAAAAUGAUAAUUUUGAAAGUUUCUCAAAGCCACCGAAAAUAACAAUAGAUUUAUCAGUAUUGGAUGAAUCACUUGUGACAGAACUCACAACUUUAGAAACGCCUCAAUCUGAAGUCACAAUUAAAGAAAAUUUCAUAACCGAAUUGGAGAAAGUUAUCCACAGCGAAUUUUUUGAGGGACGACCCACCAAAACACCGUUACGUUACCUUAAAAUAAGGAAUCACAUAAUCAAUUGUUGGCUCACAUCAAAACCAUCUUAUGUCACAAAAACCUCAAUUCGUCAAGGUUUAAAAAACUGCGGCGACGUGAAUUGUUUAGGCAGAAUUCACUGUUAUUUGGAACAAAUAGGAGCAAUUAAUUUUGGAUGUUCACAAACCAAUUACAUUCGUCCAUUAAUUGAUAUUUUUCAAAGUGUCACAAGCAAAAGCGAAAAAAAUUUAAAAGAUGGCAAAAACCAAAUUAAACAAAACAUUGAGUUGGGGUGCAGGCCGAGGAUUAAGCGGAAAUUCGCCAAUGACGGGGAAGGGGGCUGUACUCUAACCCACGACGAGAAAGGGGACGUCAUCAACACUACCAUAGUGAACGAAGAACCGGUCAAACCCAAAAUGUCCAUUAAACGACCCACAAUACGCCUUAUCUACUGUCGAAAUUUCCCCGAAGGAAGCCCUCAAAAAUAUAGAGUGCGGAUGCAGCUCACAACCCUCCUUUUGAUGGACUUCCAUGCCCACACAUCCCUUACCGAAGUCAUGGGCUUAGUCGCUGGUACUUGGAACCCGACCAAAAAAAUUCUAACCAUUUCUCAUUACGAACCGUGUCGAAAUAUCGCAUCUUCGGCUACGCAUUGCGACAUGUGCCCCAUAUCCCAGUCAAAAGCCGCCGAAUUGAUCCACAAUCGAGGGUUAGAUGUCUUGGGGUGGUUCCACUCGCACCCGACUUUCGCCCCUGAGCCUUCACAGCAAGAUUUGGAGACGCAACAAGACGUUCAAAUGUGGAUAGGGACCACGUCGCCGUGUUUAGGGGUGAUUUUGUCGCCGUUUAGCGCACAUGGGGCCUUAAUUGCGUCGCCGUUUCGGUGCAUGGUGGUGGAUAAAAAGGAGAAUUUUGAGGAUCAAUUCGUGCCUUAUAAAUUUCAAGUUGAUGUGGCUUCAAAUGAAGGGGAUUUUGACCGUUUUUUUAGUGAUUUGAGGCAAAUUUUUCAUUUCUCGAAGUCAAAUGAGGGGAAAAUCGAUUUUAGUAAGCCGUAUUUUCAGGAUAAUUCCAUAAGUUAUUUAGAGAAAUAUAUUACUAGUGUGAGAAUGCAUUUAGCUAAGUGUGGGAGUUUGAAUAAGAUGACUUGUGAUUAUAUUAUCGAGAAUAUCUCGAAUAUUUGUACAAAAUGAGAAAUACCAGGUGUAAUAAUUCGUACUUUUAUUUAUUAAUAAAUUUAGAUUUUUUCAAGUG